UCCCUGUCAGAGUUCGUUGGAUCAGAACGAAUUAAGAGAAUUUGCCUCUGCCUCUUCCUUCAAAACAAAAUCGUCGGGUGCCAGUAAUGUCACGAAUUUAUUGUUGUUUUUAUUAUAUUUUUAAAUAGUCGGGUUUUUGACGAAUAAAUGAGCUCCUUUCGUUUAGAGGUUACUUCGGGUAGUUUAAACAAUAACAGUCGGUGGUGUAUGUGUGUGGUGUAAAUGAACUUGUUUAGGGAGGUUUAUCAUUGAUUAAAUAAUCCCGGAUUAGGGUUGUCAACAACUAACUGUUAUGUCGUACAUGAGACCGUCUUUCCACAGUCUGUUGAGGGCUCUCGAUAUACAGUGGGAGGAUUCCAAUCGCUCGGCACUGGUUCCUCUAUCUGACUAUGUUGUAGUGAUGGUCGGUAUUUAAGAACAGCCGCCGCAUUUCGGAAUCCUUCACUAUUUUCACAUUCGAUUGGAUUCCCUACUGAGAUAACUUAUGAGCUGUACUUCACUUUAUCGUUUUUUCGUUGAUCGAGACCAUCAAUAUUAUGAGUGAAUAAUUGGAAUAUCAACAGUAUCAUGGAGUCAGCAACGUCCUCAUCACUAUCGUUUACUGCGUCUGCUGAACCUUCAAAUGAUGUAGCCGAUAAUUCGACUAACCAAAUAGAAUAUUCGGAGUUUGGAGAGCAGCCUGUACGAGCAGACGAUGUUGAUUCAGAUUCCAGACACGGUUUCUUAAAUGCUACAACGAACAUAACAGUGAUCGAAGUGCAGACUGAAAGUCGAGAUGCCGUUGAUUCGACUGCAGACAAUAAAAAGCAUAUCUGUGAAGGAAGCGAUAGUGGAGUGGAAGUAAUUGAUACUGCGGAAUACCACAGAGCUUUAAGUUCGAAUAGUGGUGUUUCUCAGGACUGUGAUAAUGCUUGUGCCAGAUCGCGUGAUUCUUCAAUAAGUUACUGUUCAAAUUACGAAGAGGCGUACAAUAUUUUAGUUAGGAAAAAUUCAACACUGUUAGAAGACUACACUUUAAGAAAUGGUGACGUUACCAGCGAGAACGGCAGUGAGAGUUCGUCCUUGAGUGGUUCACAAAGUCGCUCCAGACGCAACAAUUCGAUAGUUGUGAAGAAAAAAGCAACCGCUACAUCUGACCGGAAGAAAGAUGUUUCAAGUGUAGUUAAAGAACGGUCACGAUGUAAACCCCCUAUUACGCCAGCCCGAAAUGCCAUAAAUUCCGCUACAAGACUGAAAUCCAUUGAGAGAUUGCAAACUAGGCAAGCAGUCCCGCCAAGAACAAGUUCUUCUAGUAGAAAUAAGCCAGUACCAAACCACCUGGACCUUGCUAAAACCGUCACUAGAAAACCAUCAGCUCGCUCCACUCAAGCAAGUACCGCAAGAUCUUCAACUCAAGCCACUCCGGUAGAGGACAGUAGAUGGACCUCAAACAAACCGCCUACGUCAAUGGUGAGAUCUCUGAGAGGAAAUUUGGACCAACAGUCCAGAUUAUCACACGUAGAAAGCAAAACUAUUGAGAAAUACGCUACUUUACCGAGACGAAAGAAGGAAAAAGACAAAAUCUCAGAAGGUGCAAAAGAAGAAAAAAAGGCAACGCACCAGUCACUGGGUAAAAAAGGCUCAAAGGAGACUACCCCCAAAAUGUUUAGCUCGCCGUAUGUUUUAAAGCCAAAAGUCAAAACGAAAAUCUACCACGAAAUGAAUAUUCAAACGGCCUUGACCAUGUCCGAUAUUCAGCAAGCUUUGGCGGGAUCUUUGGUAUCAACUAAAAGUCCAGAAGAACGAGAAAAGUGUUCGAAAGACGUUCAAGUGGAUAUAGGCAUCAAAGAAAUGGAUAAAUUAAAAGAGGAUCUGAAAUGUCUUACUGAUAAAUACGAGCUACUGAUAAAAGAGCACAAGGACCAGACUGUAAAACUUAAAGAGACUGAAGAUAAGUUAAAAGAGGAAACGCUGCAAAAAGAGGGUUUAAGGGAAGAGUUAAAUAAUAAUUCUCAAAGAGUCCUGGCUAUAUUGGGUCAAGCUGGAGAGAGUGAAAGUCCAGAACCGUCUGCAUCGAGUGAUAGUUUACUAGUUUUGGAAAACCGUUUCCAGAAUGUAAGUCAAGUAAUAAUUCAACAGGAAGAAGAGAUUACCAGACUGAAUAAUUAUUGCCGUUCCUUCCAAAUAGAUUUAAACAAAAGCCUUGCUGCACAAAAAGCUUUACUUCAACAAAAUCAAGAUGCUUUGGCUGAAAGCCUGGAACUUCAAGAUUUUAUGCAAGCCGAGAAAACCACAUUGGCUGAUUCUCUAAAGGAAUCUGAGAACGAAAUUAAAAAAUUUCAAAAAAUUAUUGCUCAAAAGGAUAAGGAUUUGAAUGAACGCAAUGAAGAAUGCAAGCAGCUCUCUCGGUUAUGUGAGCAACGACGCCUGGAAAAUUUAAAUUUGCAAGCGCGAAUUGGAAAUCUAGAGGUGAAGAGUCGAGAACUCCUUGUGCAUCAAGGUAGCUCGGUAUCGGGGGCAUCUGUUGCCUUGGCAUCUUUAAUUGAACGGCUCAACGUCCUGGCCGAAGAACUCAUAACUGCUUACAGUAUCUCUGAACAAGAACUAGAUGAUGUUAUUUACCACAAUGAAGCUUAUAAUACCAGCAGUAGUGUAGAGUCUACACCGGAGAAGUCAAAAUUGUUUAUUGAUCAAAAGCCAUCACCAUCAGGAAAAGGGUCUUCAUUUGUUUCUGCUGUAAUAAAUGCCAUAAAGAAUGCGGCUUCUGGUCGAGAUAUUAGCAGGAAGAAUAGUUUGUGCGAUAGAAGUAGUUCAAAUGAGAUGCUCGAUUCAGAAACGGAACCUUGUCUUAUGAUGGAACACGUUUUGGAGGAUGUUGUGGUUCCAGAUGGCCAUUCCCAUAAUAUGAUCUCGUCUGGACACGGCAGCAUGCUUAGCUCAAGACUUACUCAUAGCGAAAGUCUCAAGGAUGUUUCGAAUAUUUAUUUCAGUAGACAGCAUUCAGAGCCAACAAGUUUAACUACAUCAUUUACCAGUGACAUAUUUUCAUUAAGCGAAAUUUUUCCUCCAAUUUCACUUGUGGACCAAGUUAUUGAGGUUGAUAAUGUUAUUACAAGGUUACUCAAAGUGAUACGCAUAAUUCAAAUUGAAAAUGAGGAUUGUAUGAGUGAGCUUCAAGAUCAAAGAGACAACUUAACGGAACAAGUAGACAAGCAAAAAGAGACAAACAAGUUAGUUGUGAAGCAACUGAAAGAUUGGGAAGUACUGGGGGCUAGACUGAAAACUGAAGUAAAAGAAUUAAUGAACCAGCUCAGCAGGAAAAACAAUGAAAUGGACGGUGUAAAAACCGAAUUAAAUAAGCAAAGAGAACAAGUUGAGAAGUUGAAUCAAGAUGUAUGUGACCUUUCAACGGCUCUUUCAAAGGCCGAACUGGAUAUGAGAGUUAAAGAGGAGGAAGUGGAACAUGAACUCGAGAAGUUUCAGAAGACCGGAGCAAUUCCUUCUGCUGAAAUUCUGGCUAGAGUAGCAGUGUACGAAAACGAGCUUCCAAAUCUAAAAGAAAGGUUGCUGGAAAAAGAAAAACGUCUCAACGAGUUGAAGCAAGAGUUUCAUGCUGGAAAACAAGUUUUAACAGAAAGCCUAAAAGACGCUGUAACUGAAGCUAAGAGACAAUACGAUGCCAUAGACAGAGCUUUAGAGGUUCUACACAGUAUACAAUCCGUCGUCCAGCAAUGUCCUCCACUAGCAAAGCUUCAACGGGAUCUAGAGGAAAUUAGUUUUCAAAGCGCCUCGUCGAUGCCUUUAGUUUCACCCGCAGACUGCAAUGCGAAUGCUGGACUGAUUCAAUCUGUAAACAUGGAUGUAACACCAGCCAUUAAUACAACUGCUUAGAUUUUAGGAAUUUUAAUAACGUAUUAGUUCAUAACAAAAACAACUAAAUAAGAACCGGACUUUAAUGUUUUUUUAUUUUCCAUGUGAACUACGUGUAUUCAUUAUUUAGUUUUAAUCUGUACAUUUCUAUUUUAU